AUGAUCUAUUAAAAUAUUAAAAUGUUUAACAACCCUAAUUUUGAAAAUUAUUUAUUUAAGCUCAAUGAUCUAAAGUGUAUUUUCUAAAAAUAAAAAAUUUACGUUAUUCCAAACAAGAAUAUUGUGAUUGUAUUCACAACACAUAUUGCUAAUCGUUCAUCUUUAUUCAUAUUCAAUGAAAGGUUUGCUGAUAUAAUUUAAAAAGGAAUUAAAAAUAAACGAUCAUAAUUGCUUAACAAUAAGCGAAAGAACAAGGCAAUAUUUGAAUUCAACUUAAAAAUAAAGGUAAACAAUAACAUUAUCGUAAAUAAGGUUGUGUUGCAUAUUAUUACAAAAUAAGGGCUUAACUAAGUUAAAAUUGAAUUAUAGAUAAAAAUGAGGAGAGGUAUUUCUAAAUUGCAAAUCUAAGAUGUUAUUAUGAAUAGCUCAAUUAAGUAAAUUGGAAUGAUAAAGCAUUGA